AUGCCAGCCAUCUGGCGCAACGGGGCAUUUGCCGGAGAGUUCGGCGACCCGUACAUCAAGGACACCAACCUGGAAGGAGGGCUCACCGCGCCAUCCAUUCGCAAGCUGAAUGAGGUAGUUUCUUCUGCGCUCACAUCGCAUCCUUCUCUCCUGGAGACGCUGGUGCCUGGUCUGGCUGCGCCUGCUGCACGGAUACAGGCACUGAUGGAAGAGUUGGCCAGUGCGGCGGAAAUCGAUGAGCUCAAGGCGGAGAUGGUCGAGUCAAAGUCGCUCGAGGGCAUGGAUGCCUUUCUUGAGCUGUUCAUGGCAAAGAUCCGUGCUAUUCCUGUCGGUGGUAUCCUUGUCAUGGGCGGCGGCUGGAUGGGCAAGGCAUCCGGUCAUGCUCUGCUAUACGUACUCGAGCGCGAGGCUGACGAUGCCUAUGCCUUUGUGGCGUGCAACACUGGCGAAGGCAUCCAGUACCACCCGUCGCUGGCCGGUGACGACCUGCUCUCGCGCAAGCGCAAGACCGCACUUCGCAUUCCGGGCAUUCCUGCCGCUGACUUUCUCGAUCCGGCAUUCUGGUACAUGAUCUGGAAGCUGCGAGUUACCAACAAGGAAGAGAACUCAGCUGCAGUCUUCUACGAAGUCCUGCUCGCCCAUCUUGCUGCAGCUUCGGUCCUCGACCCUGCUGCCAACACCGUGUCCGGCAUUGUUGCGGCCGACGCCGGCGGCGCGUCGUCGGGCGACUUUGACGCCGUCCAGCUCUCCGGCACCUGCUACUACAAGUGCAUCGUUGCCGCCCUUCACUACCUCAACAAGCGCGCUGGUCUUUCUCGGGUGGCCUCGGACCAGAUUGUCCUCUUCGUCCGCCUCGCCUACCUCCUGCAAACAGGCGCCGACCUUGACGAUCUCGCCGCCCGGCGCACGGCAGCCGCAGCCUCUCCGCCGUCCGCCCCGCUCCCAGCGCCAAAGCUCGCCUCGCUCGCCCGCAGCCUUGCCUUUAACGACUCGGACGCCCGCAUGGUCGCCAUGGCCUGUGCUGAGACAGCACGAUCUGCCGUCGCGCUCGCCGAGGCCAACGCUGCUACUGCCGAGACGCUCUCCGCAGCCGCGCUCGCUAUCGUUCAGGACUGCAUUGCAGACGUGACAGCCGCCGCAAACGCCGCCGCAGACGCCGCCGCCGCCGCGCCCGACGACCUUCCACGCCCCGCCACUCCCUCACCAACCCCGACUUCCCCGGUGCUGAGCGGGUCGCUCGAGAGCGCUGCCACGGCACCGCUGCCCUUCACUGGCUUUGCCGCCCUCGCCGACACCCGCGACACGAGUGCCUUUGUCGGCGACACCACUGAAGCCGCGCCCGAACUCUACGUGGACCUCCUUCCGCCUCCCGCCGCGCUCGACUCGCUUCCGGCUGUCCUUGGCGCCAUCCACGACCUCGCCGAUGCCACGCGCAAGCUCCGGUUUAAGACCUCACACUGCGCCGACUCGCUUGCUGUCUUCCAGAUCACCGCCCUCGUCGAACACGUUCUCACUUCGUCAUUGCCGAUCCCGGGCUCGUCGUCGUCCUCGGUCUGGCCGACGCAGCCGGCUCCUCCGGUCUCGGGCCUCACUCCGGCCUCGCAAGAGGAGGCUCUGCUCGACCUCCGCGACAUCGCGCUGCAGUACAUGUCGUGCUCGUGGUCGCUCUCGCCCGACCGCGCCCUCGAUGCGCACCGUGCCCUCACGAUGGGCGGUCUUCUUGCCCUCUUUGAUGCGCUCGCACGCCUCUCCCCGGACUCGGCGCCGCCCUCGCCGCUUACCACCCUUCUGGCCGGCGCAUCGCAGAGCGGCCACUUUGCCGGCACCGCCCUCGGCAUCGACACCAAGUCGUUCACCUCGGCCUCGUUUGCGGCCGCCACCGACGCAGCUUGCCUCUACCGGCCGGCUUUCCUCGCCCUCCGCGCCGCUGUCAUCACAUACUUUGUCAACCUGCCGCAACAAGUUGCACUGUUUGCUUGGUCGCCCGCCCGGCCAGCUGGACCCUCCUUCCUCCGCCGCAUGAUGGAGACGCCACAGUACACCCUGACCGAAGACGAUGUCACGCUCAAGGUCGUUGCGGAGCUCCUCCACGCCUGCGGUCUCGCGUACACGCUCCCGCCCAUGCCGCGCGGCCGCAACCGCGGCGCUACCAACCCCGACGCCAUGUCCGACGUUGAGCGCCUCGUCCGCUGGGCCGCCUCGGACUGGUCAGCUCUUCCGGCCUUUGCCGCCCUCCGCGACUUGAUCUUCCUCUUCAAGCUCUCACUCGAGCCGCACAUGCUCUUCUUCCUCGCCAACGAGCCGCUCGCAGCGCUCCCGGUCUGGCACGCCUCCCACGUCCGCCCCGACUGGCGCUUCUUCUCAGCCAACCAAGAGGGCAACGCUGCCACACUCCGCGUCGCGAUCGCCGACCCGCGCCACAACCUCACCCUCGGCGUCGGCUCCGUCCACUCGUUUGCCUCGCUCUCGGUGCUCGCCAACAACGCCUCCGAGGCCGCCAUCCUUCACGCCCACACCCUCACCUCGUUCGACGGCACCCUCUCGCCGCAAGAGUCAGAGCGCCUCCUCUCGUUCCUCACCCAGCGGUCGCUCGCCAUUCCGCUGAUCCUGGAGUUUUUUGCCGCCUCCCGUGUCGGCUAUCUCCUCAAUCCCUACCUCCAGCAGCUCCUCGAAUCGGUUCUUUUCGAGCCCGGGCCAUGGACGCCCUCCCUCCACGCUGCCGGUGCCUCCAUCGUCGACGUCCCGCUCGCGCCCGAUGCCGCUGCCGUCGCCCUCGCCACCCCCAUGGGCCGCCUCAUGCACGAAGUUCUCUACGCACCUGCAUCGCUCCUCCCUCCGCUCCUCGCCCUCCUUCGCGAUGCCCUUGGCCUCUGCUCGCAGCACUACGACGGCCCGUUUGUCCCGCUCCUUCUCUACCUCGUCCGCCUCGCCACCCGCGUCCUCUCCUUUGCUGCGGCCGCUGCCGCAGACCCCGACCUGGCCCGCCUCGCCCGCUCCACUGCAGAGGCCAUUGCUGCUCAGGCUGCGCUCACCGACUUUCUUGCCACCGCCGUCGUCGAUACACUCGCCGGCUACAUCGCCGCCGCAGAGGCUGGAGACGACCUCAAAACCUCCACGUCCCUCCACGUCCACAUCACCCUUGUGUACGGCGCAGUCCUCCCGGGGCCGCUCGCUCACGCAGACGCUUUCCUCGCCUCCUCGGCUUUUGUCGUCUCAUGGCACUCCGAAUCGUUUGGUGCCCGCUCGUGGCCGCAGGAUAUCAACCCGCGCCUUGCCGUGCCCACUGCAGACGUUCCGGUCCACGACACGUUUUUUAUCUAUGAGCUUGCCCGCCCGCAGCUUGUCGCCGCGGUCGCGACCGCGCCUCAAUCGGCCCUUGAUGCCACGCUCUCUCGCGUUGUCGCAGCCGCACUCCAGCGCGAGGCCCCGGCGCUUAACGCUACCCCGGCCUGGCGAGGAUGGUCUGCCGUCGCAGACAAGCCGCUCCUCUGCACCCACGUUGUCGAGUCGGCCCAUCCCUACCCGAACGCCACAGACUACUACGAGACGGUUUCCUUCCCCGGCGCCCCGUACAUCACCCUCUAUUUUGACCCCAAGACCUCCACUGAGGCCUCCGCGGACUACAUCACCAUCUACAAGGACGCCUCCUGCACCUCGUACUGGGGCCGCGGCAAGCGCAUGUCCGGCUCGCCUGCAAAGGGCUGGCCCGGUGCGGGUGGCGCCCCGCCACUCGUCAUCCCCGCCGACUCGUUUGUCUUCCACUUUCAUUCAGACGCCACAAAGCCCGACUGGGGCUACCGCCUCAUCGCCUCGGCCCCGGUCGCUCCCGCCGCUCUCGCUGCCCUUGUCGAUCUCCCGCCUCCGCCCUCGCUAUCUCGACAAACCAUUCCACCACUCCUAGCCCAGCACGCCCUCGUCGCCACCUCGAACGUUCUCCAAGACGCGUACACAUGGCUCGCAGCUGCAACUCCCGCCGAUCUUUCCGCUCUUGUAGACGCCGGCUCGUCCGCUGCUGGCGACGACGCCGUCGCUGGCAUGUACCGCGACCCCAUGUCGGUCGUCGUUGUCAACAUCCAGACUGCAGAAGUCUAUCUCCGCUCGCGCAUGCUCAUGCCGGUCCCCAUCGAUGUCGCCGGUGCGCCUGACUUUACCCGCGUCCUCGGCGACCACGACUCUCUCUUUUGCGCCGUCCUCUCGGCGAACACUUCGGCGCGCACCCUCUCGGUCAUGGCGCCCGAGGGCGUCCAUACUGUUGUCGCCUGGCGCCCGCUCACCUACGACGCCGCCGCUGCUGCCAUGGCUGCCGCCGCCGCAUCGGCUGCUGCCUCUGCUCCGGUCGUCCAGCCCUCGCACCCGGCAUCCUCCUCGUCCAACACCCAAGCCCGCGCCCCGCUGGGUGGCCUCCCGGACCAGCCGGCCUACAACAUGCCGCGCCGGGCGCCCAACGGUGGUCUCGCCUUUAACGGUCGCCUGUACAACGACUACACCCCCGGCUCACUCUCUUGGAUCUCGUCAAAGCUGGACGUCCUCGUCGACGACGCCCUCGCCUCGGCAGAAAUCGCCGACGUGCCACUCCUCUGGGUCUCGGACGCCGUCACGCCGGCCUCGCUCUACGCCGUCGACUCGCAUCUGAUCAUGUACAUGCCGCCAUCCGGUGACCUCGAAGCCGCCAAGGGCCAUGUCGGCGGCUUUUACGCCAUUGUUGCCUCGCCCGCCACCUCCUCGCUCGCUGUCUACGCCCUCCCCGACGCCGCCGAGCGUGAUGAGCCCUGGCUGCCGGGCACCCGCUACGCUGCGGGCAACCUCUUUGAUCUCACCCUCGACAAAAAGGGCCAGCUCAUCCCGACUGCCGGUGCCGGCGAGCGGGUCCACGACUUGGUCGGCUCGGUCGUCAUCUCCCGGCCCUUCACCCUUCCGCGAGUCGCCACCGCGCUCGCUGCCGCUGCCGAUGCGCAGGCGGAGUACUGGGGCCACGCACUCGCCCCUCCCAAGCUCUCGGUCCUCUUUGAGCCGGCGGUCGCCGCCUCCCGCGAGACUUACGUUCCCCCGGCCCUUCUCACCGGCCUUCUCCCCGCCGCUCUUGUGCAAGCUUACCACUUUUGGCGUCCGGCCCCGCGCUUGAUCCUUGGCUAUCCGGCUCCCGACGCAGCUACACACUGCCCUUCGGCGCCAGGCACUCUGCUUGUAGUCACCCUCUCGCCGCGCAUCGCGCUCCCGCUAGCGCCUCAUCUCCCGCCGCUGCCGUUCCCGCUCAUACAUGCCGGUGCUCUCUGUGACGCCUACGGCCGCAACCUCUGCACCUUCUCGGGGGCGCUCUCGUCGACCUCGGCCCUCACCUGGGACGCCGCCGUCGUCCGUAUCGCUACUGACGGCGUCGACGCCUCCGACAACGAACGCCCGGUUGCCCCGUGCAUCCACACGCUCAUUAACGUUGCCGCCGCCCCGCCGUCUUCGCCAGCUGCCGCCACGGCUCGCAUCUUCACCCGCAUCGAGAACCUCUCCCACGUACUCGUCUGGUCCACCGGCGUCGCCCUGGCACCCACCGAUCAGCUCCCGAUCUCGCUGGUUGAGCUCCCGCGGCUUCGCACCCGCUUUGCGCUCCGCGCCUCGCAGCCACCGUCCUCGUCGCUUGCCUUUGCCUCGCUCGACUAUGACGGGCUCGCCGUCGCCCCACACCCGCGCCCGGCCACGCUCGCUGCCGCCGGACCACUCUCGCAUUACCUUGUUCUCGAGGACGCCUCGCGCCAGCAACACCUCAUGGUGCCGAAUGCACCGCUGCUGCGAGUCAAGAUCAAGUCGUGUCCAUUUUCGUCAGACAUGGCUCUUGCGCGCGACGCCGGCUGGCUUGAUGCCGUCGCCACCCGCGUCUACGUCUACCCCAUUCACAUCUCGGGGGCAUAUCUCCUCACGCCCUCGCUCUCGGCCGCGUUCUACCUCUUCUACGUCUCGCUCAUGACCGAGCGCUGGGUCGUCUCGCUCCUCGCGGCCUCAGUCGACGACAAGCACCCGGACGCCCACGCUCUUCGCCUCCGGUUUGGUCUCAUCAUCCGCGAGUGCGGUGAGACCGUGCCUUGGGAGUUUGACGACGACGUCUCAGCCUACCUUGCCAAGUACCCGCACGUCUCCUCGCUUGCCCUCGUGCCGCUGGCCGAUGAGCGUCGCCUCGUCUCUGACCCGCAUCGCAUCGCGCUUCUUGACGCCCUCGACGCCGCCGCCACUGCCGGCGAGCUUGCUGUUGUCACCGGCCCGCCGGCCCCGCCUGUCGACGCCGGUAGGCUUUGGUACUCGUUUGCGUCUGCUGUUCCCAACACCCACGCACAGCUCUCGGCUGCGCCCCGUAUCCGCAUUCGCUACAACAAGCCUGCCUCGCCGCUCGCGCCGCCGGCUGUCUUUCGCGCCCUCGAGGACUUUUUCGACGACACCCUUGACGGCCGCGAGGGAUCCGGCUUUGCCUUUCUCUACGAUGCAUUGGUCGGCGGCCUCGACCUUGGCCUCUGGCUCGAUGGCGGCUCGGCUUCGGCUUCCCCGUCAUCGCCUCCUGCCACGCCUACCCGGCCGGCUGUCGUCGACGGCCAGCUCGCCUGCCCAGCCUGCACCGUCUACUACCCCGCCGUCGACUCGGCUUGCAACAUCUGCGGGACGCCAAACCUACUCGCUGCUGCCGCGCCGUCGUACGCUACAGAAGACCGGCUGGCCCUCUCCCGCCCACAGCGCAACCUCCUCCGCUUUGUCCUUCGCGCCAAGCUUCUUCUCAUCACCAACAGCGGUGCCACCGAGUCGGUCCCCGCCCGCGACGCUGUCCUCCUCGCCCUCCUCAUCGCUACCGAGGCCAUCGUGGCUGACCUGGCUCCUGGCGCCAAAGCCGCUUCACUUCCGGCUCUUCCGCCCGGCCUUGGCGCCGACGACACCGGCCGCGACGUCGCCUCAUUCCUCCCGCAGCUGCUGGCCGCCACCGCGCCCGUCGUCUCGUCGCCAACCUGGGCUGCCCGGGCCAGCGCCGCGCCCGUCGCCGACUUUGCCGAGGCCACAACGCUAGUUGUGGAUCCCAAGGUCGCCAUCCGCGGUCUCGAGCUCGCACCAGACACCGGCGGCUCGGCCAUGUCGCUUCUUCAUGCCGCAUCGCUGCCGGUACAUGCCAGCGAUGCCUUUGUUGAUGCCAUUCGGCAACACAGUCUCCUCCUCGCCCCUGACGACCAUGCUGCUGCCCUCUCACGUCCGCUAGCUGGCCUCGGUCUCGACGCCUACAUCACUCGCAUCCCGCUCGCCGCCACCGACCUCCUCAAUGCACUCCCCUUUGAUCUCUCCUCGGCCGCUGAAGCUUCACUCGUCGCACACAACAUGCUCGAUCGCAUGGCGAGCGACCUUGCCGCUUCGGCAUCUGCCGCCACUUCUGCCUCGUCCUGGCACCUUGUCUCCCUCGACGCCCGCCUCCUCUCCGCCAUGGACGCCGAUGUCGGGACUCCGACCGCCCCCGGCACACCGUCGCCGCGCACCGUCAACGCCGCUCAUGCCGAUCACCUCCGCACUGCCCUUGCCUCGCUCAAAGACCUUGGUGCCGCCCUCGAUGCCUCACGCCUCGCAGACCUCGAUGCUAUCCGCGCCGGCGUCGCUGCCAUCGCCCGCCUCGCCAACGCCGCUUCAAACCCGAGCUCGCUCACUGCCAUUGUCUUUGACCUCAAGCAGACCGGUGCCGUCCGCAUCCAGCUCUGGUUUGAGCUCGUCGUCGCUGCCCUCCAGGCCAGUGAGCCGGCUCGCUAUCUCGCUGCUCUCAACCCGCACCUCGACGCUGCAGACCUCGACGCCCUCCUUGCCAUCGCCGCCACCGUCCUUGUCCGGACCGUCCGGCUCGCCCAGACAAACGCCGCUCUGGCUUCACUUGCUACCCUCACCAGCCACAUCCACGAGCUCCUCGAGCGUCGUCUUCACACCGGUUGGUCCUUCCUCCGACUGCCGUCGCCCGGCCUCAUUGCACACGCUCUUGCUGCCGCCGACUACGACCCAGGCGCGGCACGGUCUGCCGUCGCCGACCUCCUUAACGCGGCUGUGUCGCUCGAGGCAGACCUCGCUGCCAGCCUGAGGCUGUCGGACGAGGUUGCGUCGCGAAUGGUGUCCCUUGUCCUCGCUUCGACCAGCUACUCGCUCGACGCUGCUUCCGCCAUCCUCGCCACGCCAGCCCGACUCGCGCCCAUGGUUGACGCCGCCGCCCGUGGCUGCCUCUACAAUGGCGUCCCCCUCAAACUGCCGCCGGCCCACCCAGAGCUGGUGGGCUCGUCCGCCUCGGCCUCCUCGCUCGUUCACCUCGUCGAGCACACUGGCGCCGCGCUAGCGCGCAUCCUCGGCGCCAAGCGCGCGUACGUGGACGAAACGACCUCGCUGCCGACGUUUGAUCCGCGCUUCCUGGUCUUUGAGUUUUCAGUCGGCUUUAUGCUCCGCGCCCGCCAAGUCGAGCUCAUCGGUGACUUUGCCGCCGCUGCUGCCCAAGGCUCGUCAAGUGUCCAUCAGAUGAUCAUGGGCGCCGGCAAGACCACCGUCAUCGGCCCUAUGCUCGGCCUCAUUCUUGCCAACGGCUCCUCGCUUGUCACCCAGGUUGUUCCUGGUGCCCUUUUGGACAUGUCGCGCAACGUCCUCCGCACCGCCUUUUCCAACGUCAUGCCCAAGCGCAUUUACACCCUCGCCUUUGACCGCUCCUCGCCAUCAUCCAACUCGAUCGACGCCGUCCGCGCUCUGGCCGCCAAGCUGCGCCGUGCCCGUGCCCAGCGCGCACUUGUCGUCACCACUCCCGAGGCUGUCAAGUCGCUCAUGCUCAAGUACGUUGAUUUGCUUCAGUCGGUUCAGUCGGCCUCGCCGCUCCUCCGCCUUCCGCGCUCCGCCCUCGGCUCGCAGGCCGACAAGGCGUCGGGACUCGCCUCUCAGCUCCGCACGAACGAGCUUCUCGCCGACGAGCUGGCGACCAUCAUCAAGCUCUGGUCGGCCGACGAGGACCCCCUCCCGCUGGAAGCACUUCGCUGGGACCUCCCGCUCCAUCUUCUUGAUGCCGUCUUUUUCACCACAACCGGCCGCCUUGCUCUUCCCGGCUUUCGACCCGACCCAGACGCGCUCGCCAUCCUUCGCGACCUCGCUGCUGCCGUCCAUGCCGGCGUCGACAUGCUUGCGCUUCAGACCUCGCCGCAUCUUGUCCUCCUCUCGCUCGACUACUAUCAUGCCUCGCUCCGCCCGCUCUUUGCCGCCUGGGCCAAGGUCUGGCUCCUUGCUGCCGAGCCGGCGCUCCUUGCCGUCGACGCCGACGUUGUGUCCUACCUCGGUGCGCCAACCUUGAGUCCUGGCCUCAAGGCCCGCGUCUCGGCCGCCGCUCCGCCACGUGCGCUCCAGCUGCUCAACCUCGCCCGCUCCUGGGUCGUAUCCUUCCUCCCGCAUGUCCUCGCCAAGAUCUGCCGCGUCCGCUACGGCCUCCUCUCGCCGGCCGACAUCGACCGUUGGUCCGCCGCCGAGGGCGCGCCGGUCUCGCUCCCGCUCUCGCGGUCGCUCCUCGCUGUUCCGUUUGUGGGCAAAGACGUGCCAUCUCGCUCGGCUGAGUUUGCCCAUCCAGAGGUUCUGCUCGGCACCACCAUCCUUGCCUACCGCUACGAAGGCCUUCGUAGGCACAACAUGCGCACCAUCGUCCUCGAUCUCAAGGCCCGACUCCUUCAGGAGACCGGUCCGUUUGCGGAGCGUCCGUCGCGCAGGCUCUUUGCUGACUGGCUCGACGCCGCCCGCCUAGCGCUUCCAGACCCGUCGGUCGCGCCAGCGCUCCUCCCGCUGGAGCUCUUCCAGCCGGCCGACCCACGCCAGCUCGACCAGCUUGUUGCCGCCCUUGCCUUUGAGCCGCUUGUUAUCCACCACUUUGUCACUGCCCACGUCUUCCCGCAAGUCAUGCGCCACCAGGAGCUCAAGCUCCAGGCCUCAGGCGUUGACCUCGGAGGCGACAUGCUGUUUGGUGUCCGCCUCGGCUUCUCCGGUACGCCGUCUGAUCUCCUCCCUCGCUCGCUUCAGCCGUGCCACUACGAGCCCGGCUCCGAGGCCAAGAUCAUACGAGUCCUCUCGUCGCCGACAAACGUUUCAGUCUCGCUCCUUGCCGACUGGUCGGUCGACUCGAUACUCGCCUCGGUUGCUUGUCCGCAGCCCGGCGACGCUGCUCCGUUCUCCGCCCUCAUCGACACGGGCGCCCUCAUCACCGGUCUCACCAACGAGCAAGUUGCACGUAAGCUCCUCGCCAUUGGACUCGAAGGCUUUGACGUUUGCGUCUUCCUCGAUGCCUCGGACCGGAAGAUGUGUGUCGACCGGACGCCCGCGCCGCCAGUCCCGCUCAACCGCUCCGGCGUUGCUCUUGGCCGGCGCUUCACCUUUUACGACCAGGUUCACACCACAGGCAUGGACAUCCGCCAGGCUACCGACGCCCGCGCCGCCGUCACCCUCGGCAAGGACAUGACUCUCCGUGACUACUCUCAGGGCUGCUACCGCAUGCGCGGCCUGGGCCGCGGCCAGACCUUGCACCUGUUCAUUGUUGCUGAAGUGGCUGCCCUUGUCGACGCCGCGCUGCCAGACGCGCCUCCUCUCGCCUCGCACCCGCCUGUCUCUGUUGUUCUCCGCGCUGUCCUCGCGUGGCUCAUUACCAAUUCGAUCGCGUCGGAAAAGCUGCAGCACCUCGCCCUCUGCCAGCAAGAGCUCCAUUCGGUCUGGCGGAAGCAGGCGCUCGACUCGCUCCUCACCCUUGCCACCGCGCCGCAGGUUGUCGAGCCCUCGGUCGCGCUCCUCCCGUCGCGGUUCUGGGAUCCAGUCACCGACCCUGGGGCCAUUGACGCCAUUGUCGCCGAGCACUCGCUCCUCACCGACUCGGAGCGCGCUGCCAUGGCCGAGUCGACUGCCCGUGAAGCCGCCGGCAUUCGCCUCACCGCCAUCACCUCGCGCAUCGCUUCUAGGAACAUCCCACUCCCGGUUGACUUGCGUGUUGUCUUGAGCCAGUGCUCCUCUCCGCAGGAAGCCGUCACUGCUGUUCUCAAUCUCCUCGAGGCAUGCGGCUACGCGCCGUCCGAGUUUGACGACGACGCAAGUGACGCGAGCGCGGCCAAUGUGGCCGUCGAUGAUGGCGACGGUGAUGGGCCAACUCUUGACGAAGUCCGCGCUCCUUUCUCCUGCACGCGCUGCACCAUGUUCAACGCCGGCGGCGGACGCUCGUGCGAGGUCUGCAACUCGCCGCGUGACUUUGCCGCCGAGCGCGCCGCCGCCGCCGCUGCUGCUGCCGCCGCCGCUACUGCUGCCGCAAUCGAGUCACCGCCGCCGUCGCCGUCAUCGGCUGCCUCGCCACUGCAGAUCCUUAUUCCGCCGUCGCCAAUCGGGUCCGGGCCCAAGUCCCCGUUCUCGGCUAGCUCCGGCUCUGGCUCCGAGUCCGGGUUGGCAUCUGUGGGUGCCACGCCGUCGCCGGCCCGCCUUGUCGAGUGGCUCAACGUCUGUGUUGAGAUCUUCCGUGAGACUCUAGGCACGUUGCAGGUGCCCGAUGUGGUUCCCGAGCCGGUCCCGUUCUCGGUCAAGCUCCGCUCGCUUGCCUUUGCCAAGCGGGCGUUCCUCAAGGAUCCAUCAGCCUCGCUCGACGUGGAGAACGUCAUUGCCCAUGUCGAGGCCCAGGAGGCCCGCGCUGCCGCAGCAGCAGCAGCCUCUGACAUCGACGACACCGCAUCUGCCCUCGGAUAUGAUGCAGAGAUGGAACAGGAGCAGGAGCAGGAGGAGGAGGCCCAGCAAGAGGUCCAGCAAGAAGAGCAGGUCCAUGUCGACUACGCCUCCACCCCGCCCAUCGCCACCACCUGGCCCGUCAUGGCUCUCGGCUCGCCGAACAGCCUGGUCUCGGCUGUCUUUUACCCGCUUGCUACCUUUGUCCUCCAGGCAUCUGUUCCCCCGCUCGCCUUUCCCCCAUCCAUGCUCCUCUCCGAGAACUACGCCACUGCGCUCCACCGCUCGGACCUGCCGCGUCGGCUUCGCAACAUCGACGUCAUCGCCGAGUGGACCCUUCCAACCGGCCAGAGUCUUCCCGCUCAUCUGCCGUCCGGCGAACCCGUUCAACUCACCCGCUUCUAUGUUGCUAUCUCACUAUCCGAGGCCGCCGCCCUCCGGCGCGUGAUUGACGUCGCCGCCGGCAGCAACAUUGCUGGCGCCGGCCUUCGACUCGCCUUUGUCACCCCGCGCGGCCCGGUUCUCCUCGGCUCACUCCAGACCUACACCGCGCCGCACCUGGCUGUCGCGCCCGAGCCGCUGUUGCACGUCGAGCCUCUACUCGGCCUAGAUCACGCUACGGCUGUCGCUCAGAUUUCGGCGGCCGUCGGCAAGUUCACUGUCCUCCUCAACACCGCACGCGUCGCUCCGGCCGAGGUCCCGCUCGCUGCCGCCUCGCUCGCCCGUCUUGAGUUGUUUGUACCCUCGACCUCCGGCUGGGUCGACGACCUUCAUGCCGCCGCUCAGGCCUUCCGCUUCUUCGACUGCGCACUCUGGUUCACCGACGAGGAGCUUGUCAAGCUCGCUCGCGCGCUCGGUGCUGCGCCGCCGGCCGCCCGCGCUGCGUUCUUCAGCGCCGUCGUUGGUGCUCGUCGCCGCGACCGCGUCGAGUGGCGUGAUACCAAGGUCGCAGGCGUUCUUGCUCAAAAUGCGCUCGAUGCUGCCGCUCUCUUUGCUCUUCGCGCCACCACCCUCCGUGUCGCCGCGCUCCUCGCUGCUCAGCACGCGUCGGCGCUCGCCGCUUUUCACGCCCUCGAUGCCGAUUCUGACGGCUGGAUCUCGUCGGCAGAGUUUACUCGCCAGCUAAGCUCGCUCGCUGCCGCCGAUGUCGAGGCCGCGUUUGCCGCCGCCGACCGCGACGCCGACGGCCUACUCAGCUACCGCGAGUUUGCGUCAUACUUUUGGCUCGCUGAGUCCGUCGUCGCCGCGCCGCCUGGCCUCGCUGCCGUUUCCGUCUCGGCCUCGCCGUCGUCCAGUACCUUUUCCGGCCUUGAUCUUGUCGCCAGUCCUUCUUCGCAUGUGGAGGACCGCCCCGAUGCCUCUCCUCAGCGAGGGCAUCGCACCCCGUCGUUGGCUGUCAUGUCGUACUCGGAGCUCGCGUCAAUCGGGACAACCGCGGUUGUGUCGGGCGGUAAGGCCAUGAUCACCGACGCCUCCCGGAUAGUCCUUGGUGAGCUCGAAGUUGUCACCGUCGUGCCUCGCGGCGUUGAGCUCGCUGCUCCUGGCGCGUGGUACUUUGAGGUUGUUGUCGAGGGUGGCUCGUCGGCGCUCGACGCCACCAUCAGCCUCGGCCUCGGCACCCAGCAGCUGGCUGUCUCGUCGGCCAUGCGCCGCGGAGUGGCCGGGGUAGACUUGCGCUUUGCCGCCCACGACAUCGUGGUCGGCGACGUCGUCGGUGGCCUAGUCACCGUCUCGCUCGCUUCUGAUGGCGGCGUCGCGGCUGCGCUCACAGUCUUGAUUAACGGCGAGCCUCUAACCGAGAUUUCCUACGAAUCGGGACCGCCGGUCUUCCCAGCUGUCACCCUCGAGUGGCCGGCGCAAGCGAGGGUCAACUUUGGCGGGCAUCCGUUUGUGGCCAACCCUCUCCCGCGCGGCGCCGAGCCGCUGCUCAACUUUGCGCAUGCGCGCAAAGAGCGGAUUCACGUCCUCAACGCCGGAAGUCGGUAUGGCUUGCUCAAGCCGACGUCCGGCUCGGCACAGAUGACCAUCACCGACGACCUGGAGGUCUCGGUCGAGUCUGGCUUCCCGUCGGCUGUCCUCCAGGGCUGCCUCCUCACUACCGGCAAGUGGUACUACGAGGCGACUAUUGUCCGCCGCGGGGUGGCGCAGAUCGGGUUUGCCGACCUCGAGUUUGUUGGCUCCUCUCGCGACGGAGUCGGCGUCGGUGACGACAAGAACUCGGUCGGCGUUGACUACGAGCGCUGCGUCCUUUGGUACGACGGCCGCAACCCAUUUGGCAAGGCCUGGUCGGUCGGCACCGUCGUUGGCGUCGCCGUCGACAUGGACGCCAAGACGAUCUCGUUCUCGCACAACGGCGACUUUUCCAAGCCGUGUGGUCGCGCCAUGACCAACUUUGACUUUGUUGCCGGCCUCGCGCCGGGUGUGACCCUCAACCCGUGCGCCAUCCGCCUCAACUGGGGCCACACCCCGCUCGCACAUGCCCCGCCGCCUGGCCACUUGUCGGUCGCCGACUGGCUCGAAGCCCACUCGCCGUCGAGCCCGUGUCCGGAAGCCAUCGCCAGAGUCGCCACGUCCCGCGUCGCCGCCGCCGCCGCCGCUGCCACCGCCCCAGGCGCCGCUCUCCGGGUCGCCGCCGGUCAUGCUGCCCUGGCCAUCGACACCGAAGACGCCAUCGUCGAAUCUGUCUCGCCAGGCUAUCCCACCGCGUGGGCUCGUGCGGCUCUGCCGCUCGCUCCGGGCGCCAUGUUCGAGGUCACUCUCCUCGAGUUUGGUCCCGAAGCCGUUGCUUCCAUCGGCGUCGCCCGGCACGACUUUGUCGGCGAUGCCACGUCAGCGCUUGGCGCCUUUGGCGGUGUUGGCCAUACCCACACCUCGCGAGCCAUCUUCCUGCAGGGUAUUUCUGCGGCGUCGCGCUACGUUCCGCCGCUCCACGACUUUGGCAGCCUCUUUGGCACCCGCCCGUCGGCCGGAGCUGUCAUCGGCGUCGCGGUCGAUCGUGAGCCUGGCGGCGGAACGCAGAUCUGGUACGCGCUCAAUGGCAAGUGGGUUGCCACUAAUGACACCUCGCUCGAGUUUGGUAGCCUCUAUCCCGCUAUCUCGCUCACGCCCAACGUGGUGGCCCAGUUUAAUCUCGGCGGCCGUCCAUUCGAUCACCCGCGGCCGUAGGCGCGCUGUCGGUGCCCGGGCAAACCACGACCCGCACGCCAAACAGCUGCCACUCGUCAGCCCGCCCUCCGGCGCCAAACGGCAAGUGGCAGAUCGGGGUCGAGUCGCGCGCGCUGUUGAGGAGCGGGACGCGGACGGUGUCAUCGUCGUUCUCGCUCCCGCGCCGCCGUGACUUGCGCUUCGGUCGGAUCCACAGGAUCGGGAGCGCCGUGAAGGGCUCCUCCGAGUCGACAAGGCACCCGGCUUCGUCGUCAAGUGUCGCCCCGCGCAUAAACAGACCACCCAC